UUCACAAACGUAGCUCGUCCCCGGCUGACGUUCCCGGAGACGGGAGCCUGCCGGCGGAGCGCAGCAGCCCGGCCCUGCUGGGUGCCAGCUCCUGCGCUCGGCGCUGACCACCCCGCCGGGGGAUGCUGCCCCUCCGCCCCGCGCUGCUGCCCAAGCGCUACCGCGGCGGCUCGGCUUCGCGCUCGCGGCCGGGCCGCGCGGCCGCCCGAGCGGCGGCGGCAGGAGGAGGAGGAGAAGGGCGCGGUGGCGGAGGCGGCGGUGGCGGGUCCCCCGCGCUGGUCCCGCGGGGCGGUGCCGGGUCGGUGCGGGUGCCGGUCCGGCGGCGCGGGCCGGGGUCGCCGCGGGCUGCCCGGAGGGGGGCGGAGCAGGAGCCGCCGCGCCCGUGCGCGCGCUGGCCGGUAGGGGCCGCUGCCGCUCCCCGCAGGGCGCGGGGGGGCGGGGCUGGCGGGCGCGGUGCGAGGCCCGGUCGCGCGGCGGCGGCGGCGGCGUCGCUCCUGUUGGCCCAGCCGGCGGCGGCCAUGGCGGCCGUGCUGUCCCCGCGCCUCUGCGACAGCGACCCGGCCACGCCCGGCGCGCAGUCCCUCAAGGAUGACACAGAAGAAAAUUCCAAUGAUGGCAGCCAGCCGUCCAAAAGACGGCGUAUGGGCUCAGGGGACAGUUCUCGGAGCUGUGAAACUUCCAGUCAAGACCUUGGGUAUAGUUAUUUUCCUGCUGAAAAUUUGAUAGAAUACAAAUGGCCACCUGAUGAAACAGGAGAAUACUACAUGCUUCAGGAGCAAGUCAGUGAAUAUUUGGGUGUGACUUCCUUUAAAAGAAAAUAUCCAGAUUUAGAAAGGCGAGAUUUAUCUCACAAGGAGAAACUCUACCUCAGAGAACUAAAUGUUAUCACAGAGACUCAAUGCACACUAGGUCUAACAGCUUUGCGUAGUGAUGAAGUAAUUGAUCUUAUGAUUAAAGAAUACCCUGCCAAACAUGCUGAGUAUUCUGUUAUACUGCAAGAGAAAGAGCGGCAGCGAAUAACAGAUCAUUACAAGGAGUACUCUCAAAUGCAGCAGCAGAACACACAGAAAGUAGAAGCCAGCAAAGUUCCAGAAUAUAUUAAAAAGGCUGCCAAGAAAGCUGCAGAAUUCAACAGCAAUUUAAACCGAGAGCGGAUGGAAGAAAGAAGAGCCUAUUUUGAUUUACAGACACAUAUUAUCCAGGUGCCUCAAGGAAAAUACAAGGUCUUGCCUACAGAGAGAACAAAGGUUAGUCCUUACCCAGUGGCUCUCAUACCCGGCCAGUUCCAGGAGUACUACAAAAGAUACUCUCCAGAUGAACUUCGUUAUCUGCCGUUAAACACAGCGCUUUAUGAACCUCCUUUGGAUCCGGAGCUGCUUACUCUGGACAGCGAUGGAGAUUCAGAUGAUGCAGAGGAAGGGCGAGGUGAUGAAAAACGGAAAACCAAAGGCAAUUCGGAUAAUUCGUCUGGCAAUGUAUCUGAAGGUGAUUGCGCCACAGACAACCAGGAGGAUUCUUUUCAGGGAAGACAAAAAACAAGAGACAAAAGUGCUACUCCAAGAAAAGAUGGUUCCAAACGUUCUGUAUUACCCAAAUCAGUUCCUGGGUACAAGCCAAAGGUCAUUCCAAAUGCUAUAUGUGGAAUUUGUCUGAAGGGUAAGGAGUCCAACAAGAAAGGAAAACCUGAAGCUCUUAUACAUUGCUCCCAGUGUGACAACAGUGGCCACCCUUCUUGCCUUGAUAUGACCCCGGAGCUUGUUGCUAUGAUUAAGACUUACCCUUGGCAGUGUAUGGAGUGUAAAACAUGCAUUAUAUGUGGGCAGCCUCACCAUGAAGAAGAAAUGAUGUUCUGUGAUGUAUGUGACCGUGGUUAUCACACUUUUUGUGUGGGGCUUGAUGCUAUCCCUUCAGGUCGCUGGAUUUGUGAUUGUUGUCAGAAAGACCCUCCUGUACCCAGAAGAGGAGGAAGAAGGGGGAAAAACAGCAAGGAGGGCUAAAAAGGCCCUAAAAACUUGCUGUCCAAAACUUAACUGCACAAAUUAAAGU